AUCCAAUCACAUGCAAGCAGCAGGGAGGCCUUGGAUAAUGCCCAGAGUGAAUCUUGUCCACUCGUAUCCCCGCUAGCUUCUCGCCUGUAUUAAUCUUUUUUAACAAUUUUCAAUAGCAAAAGUUGAUAAGAGCUCUUUCUCUACCACCUGCUAUUAUCAAUUCCUUUCUUAGGGAAAAUCCCUUUCAGGAUUCCUGUAAUUCCAUCACAAGUUAUUUGGUGUUUGAGUGUGUGUUCUCCGCUAAUGGCCACAGUCUCAGCUACUUGUCUUAGGUUCCAGCCUUUGUUUAGCCAGUCAAACAAGAGUAGUCAGGCAGCAGCUAGUUUAAAGCCUGUGUCAGUGGGUUGGGCAAAGAAUAAUGGCUUCCCUUCUUUGAAGGCCUCUCGAUUCCGUGUCUCUUGUGCUGCAAAGCCAGAGACCGUGGAGAAAGUUAUUGAGAUUGUGAGGAAACAACUGGCUUUGACUCCUGAGACUGAGCUCACCAACGAAUCCAAGUUCGCUGCACUUGGUGCUGACUCUCUUGACACAGUGGAGAUAGUAAUGGCACUGGAAGAAGAAUUUGACAUUAAUGUAGAAGAGGAGAACUCUCAGAACAUAACAACAGUCCGAGAAGCAGCUGACAUGAUUGAUAAACUUGUUCAAGACAAAGCUGAAGGUUGAAGUUGAGCCCAGGAAUCAGUAUAUUAGUUUGGCGGGUUUGAUCUUGUUAGGAUUUUGUUGAUUAAUUUCUAUGCCUGGUUAAAUUUCCAAUUUUCUUGCUUGUUGCAAGGUAGUGAACGAGUAUGUUAAGUUUCGCUGUGUCAUAUUUUUGUGAUGCAAACACAUGUUUUGGUCCUUGACAGAGUAGGCGUGAUCGCCUGAGAUGAAAUUUUAGGCCCAUAACAAGCAAUGUUUUUUUUUUUAUUAUUAUUAAUUUGAGUGUCAUUCAGCUUA